UGUUUAUUUGUGGGGGAAUGGGGAAGUGAUUAAUUAAUGUUUCCUUAAUAUAAAAGGAAAAACAAAAAAUGCCAGCCAUGAAGGACUCCUACAUUGUAAAAAUUGCGGUCGAAAUGACCAAUCAAGUACCGCAAUUAAUCGAAUUCAAUCAAAAACAACCUUUAACUAGCAUAAUACAGGAACUUUGCAAUGGUUGGAGUCUUCCAGAGCCCGAGCAAUACGCACUACAAUUCAAUGACGGUAACAAUAAUAAUUACAUAACUGAGAAGAAUAGGAACGAAAUUAAAAAUGGAUCUGUGCUACGAUUACAAUUAUCUCCUUCUCGAACAGCUCAGGACAUCUUGCAAAAGCUUAACGCAGGCAGCCCUGAAGACAAGGCCCAUGCAAUGACGCGUUUGUCAAAUUUAAGUUCCGAUAUGACUUUUGCUUUGGAUUUUAUUAACAAACAGGGAUUGACGUUGAUUAUAAAGAAAAUUGAAAGUGGAAAAUGCAAAGGAACUGUUUUGGCUCACACUCUGCAUUCAUUUGUUGAGCUUAUGGAACAUGGAAUUGUUUCAUGGGAUAUUUUAAGUGGGGAUUUUAUAUCUAGGGUGGCUAAUUUAGUUAACUCUAAUCAAGAAGCCCAGGUUACACAGGCAGCACUAUCAAUUUUGGAAAAUGUGGUUUUGAAUAGUACUGAGGGAUAUGGGCAGGUUGAAAGAGAAAUUCCAAUAGGAUCAUUGGUGGGGCAUUUGCAAGAAGCCCCAGUGGUUCAACAAAAUGCUGUAGCCUUAAUAAAUGCUCUUCUUCUGAAGGCAGCUGACCAAGCGAAACGAAGAAGUUUGGCUGCUACUUUAAUCUCAAAACAAGUUAGAUCUGUUAUACAAAAUAAUAUUAUUCAAACUGGGGUGGCAAAUGGAGCCGAAAUGGCGCAUCAGUUGUAUGUUUUACAAACUUUAUUAUUGGGUUUGUUGGAGCAGAGGAUGAUGACCAAAAUGGAUUCACAGGACCACGAUGGCCACGACAAAAUCAAAGAGCUAAGAAAAAUCGCCUUUGAAAGCGAACUCAGCAACAUACGUGGACCGGCGGGUUUCACGAGAGAUUACAAAAAACUUGGAUUUAGAAACGAUAUCAACCCAGCUUUGGAUUUUAUCGAAACCCCACCGGGCCUUUUGGCCUUAGAUUGCAUGAUUUAUUUCGCACGAAACCAGGUGGAAACGUACACAAAAUUGGUCCUGGAAAACUGCUGUAGAGCCGAUGAACACGAGUGUCCUUUCGGGAGAGCCAGUGUGGAAUUGGUGAGGAUUUUAUGCGAUUUAUUGAAAAUUGGGGAACAGCCGUCAGAGCAGUGUGUAUCGUUCCAACCGUUAUUUUUCACCCACGACCAUCCUUUUGAAGAGUGUUUUUGUAUUUGCAUAGUCCUUUUAAAUAAAACCUGGAAGGAGAUGAGGGCGACAUCUGAAGAUUUCGGUAAAGUGGCGAGCGUUGUCAGGGAACAAAUUGUGAGGGCUUUGGAAACCACACCAGCCUCCCUUGACAAGUUAAAAACAAAACUACAAUCAUUAACAUACAGCGAAAUAACUCAGCUAUGGCAGUUGGAACGCGAUAGUAGAGAGGAAUGGGAAUCUCACGCCAAACCCGUAGUAGAGCUGCGCGAAAAAAUAACGCCAAACAUUAUGAAUCUCAUCAAAAGACAGAGACUUUCCUUUUUGAUGGAGGGAACGAGAUUCACGAAGUAUUCUGCCCGCGGGCAACGCAUUAAGGAUAAGUUUUGGUAUAUGCGUUUGUCGCCCAACCACAAGGUUCUGCAUUAUGGCGAUGUUGAUGAGAAAAGCGCGCCGUGCGUCGACGAUUUGCCGUCGAAGAUCGCCAUAGCGGACAUCAAGGCUCUGUUGAUUGGGAAGGAAUGUCCACAUAUGAAGGGCAGGAAGGCUACGCAUCAGCUUGCGUUUUCCUUGGCAUUGGAAGGAAUGGACCUACAAUCACUGGACUGCGUCGCUCCGGACGAGUUAGCCUUGGCCUACUGGACAGACGGCAUAAACGCAUUGAUGGGCACCCGAAUGCAAAGCAAAGAAACGGAAAAAGAUCUGGACACGUUAUUAAGCAUGGAGAUUAAAUUACGACUACUGGAUGCAGAGGGCGUUCCGAUCCCACAGGAUCCCCCACCAAUUCCCCCUGAUCCGCCACACUACCAUUUUUGUUUCGAUCUGAAGUAACAACGCACAAACUGCGUGCAACGAUAAUCCACACACACUUUUACAAUUUUUAAAUAAUAUUUUGAUACACGGCCAAAAGUUUUACAUGAGAUUCUAAAUAUGAAGGUUUUAAUUUAACAGUAAGCUUAAAUCAACAUUAAAAUUAAGAUACCUGAUUUUUUAAUUGUUUGGUAAAAGGCAAAAUACAAUAAAAAUUUAAAGUGAUAUUUUGCCAUUUAGCAUACUUGUUUUAAUGAUUUAAAAAUAAUUGGAUUUUUAUUUAGUAUUAUAUGAUUCCUAAAAUGCAAUAUUGUUUGUAGGUUUUUAGGAAUUAAGCAUGUGAUGUAUAUUUGUAUUAAUAAUCCAUAUUGAAUAAGUAGUUUUGGAAAAACAAUGAUACUACUACUACUGUAACAGUCCCUGGCCAAUUUAUUAGACUUGCAAAUUUUCUGAAAGGUUGCAAAAUAGUCAAUACCUUCUCCCAAAAAUGCAUGUUUGAACUACAAAAUUAAUUGAAUCCCGUUAAAAACGAUUUUUAGGACUAUAACAUAUAUUUAUGAUUAAAUUGCAAAAAUUAGUUUUGAAGCCAAAAUUCUGUAUUAUGUAUUGAUUUUUUAUGACUUUUUUAAUUUCAAUUUUAUCGUAAAAUUAUGUUUUAACGCAGA